GACAGCUACUUGAUCCGUCUAUAGCUACCAUGACCCUUACGCUUCCUUUAGAUGCAAAUGCCUGUAUUUAUUGAACUUCAAAAAAACGCUGGAGCUCGGUAAAUACAAAAAAACCUGUUGAACGCCUGGAAACAAAUUUUAACUCUUCGUUGAAGACCGGAAGACCAAUAUUUUCACGUAAAACAAUUCGAAAGUCUUUCUCGGGCUCAAGAUUACAGGAGCUCUAAAAGUCCCAUUUUUUGGUAGCUCUUAACCCCCUAUAUUUCUACAUCUAAUUCUAAGCAGCAGCUGCAGGGAGGAUUGAUUUUGGUUCGUCAGAUUUUAAAAAAUUCUUUGGUAGGGUUUCGUAAUAUUUCUCUUUCAAACUGUCUUUUUUUCUCAUCGACAUCGUUGACAGCACGACGCAAUUUCUGCAGAAUCUUGAGAUAUACUGUUACUCUACUUCUCAAGGCACGUGAGGGUUACUGCUGUCAUGUCUGGGGACCUUGUCCUUAAAUCAUCAUGUGGUGGCUGUGGGACAACAUCAGAUUUAUAUGGAAGCAACUGCAAGCAUAUGACUCUAUGCCUGGCUUGUGGGAAAUCAAUGGCAGAAACUAAAGCAUCUUGUUCCCAGUGUGGAGUUCCUGUUACCCGCUUAAUUCGUGAGUAUAACGUCCGAGCAAGUAACAGUAGUGAUAAAAGUUAUUCUAUUGCAAGAUUUGUACAAGGUUUACCUACUUUUUCCAGGAAGAAAGGAUCUGAAGCAAAGUGGUUUCUAAAUAAAGAAGGUCUUAAAAGCCGCCAGUUGACAGAUGCUUUGCGGGACAAGUACAAAAAUAAACCAUGGAUAUUGGAAGAUGAGACAGGGCAGUACCAAUUUCAAGGACAACUUGAGGGUGCACAACAUGCGACUUACUACCUGUUGAUGAUGCACGGGAAAGAAUUUCUUGCUAUUCCUGCUGGUGCAUGGUACAAUUUCAACAAAGUGGCUCAAUAUAAGCAACUCACUUUGGAGGAAGCAGAAGAGAAAAUGAAGAACCGAAGGAGAACAGCUGAUGGCUUUCAGAGAUGGAUGAUGAAAGCAGCAAAUACUGGCGCUGCUGCAUUUGGUGAAGUAGAAAAGCUUGAAGGUGGUGGGGGUGGAGGUGGAGGUGGAGGUGGCAGUGGGGGUCGGCGUAAAAAGGGUGACGAUGAUGAUGAUGACACCGUUCUAUCGGACAAAGCAGAGGAGGAUGAAGAUGAAGAGGAGGAAAGAAAAAGUAGGCUUGGUCUAAACAAAAGAGGUGGUGAUGAUGAUGAGGAAGGUGCUAGAGGAGCUGAUCUGGAUGGGGAUGAUGAUGAUGUAGAGAAAGGUGAUGAUUGGGAGCAUGAAGAAAUAUUCACAGAUGAUGAUGAAGCGGUUGGAAAUGAUCCUGAAGAGAGAGAUGAACUAGCCCCUGAAGUUCCAGCCCCACCAGAAAUCAAGCAGGAUGAAGAUGACGAGGAGGGUGAAGGUAACGAAGAGGAAGGUGAAGGUCUAAGUAAAUCUGGAAAGGAGUUGAAGAAAUUGUUAGGAAGACAAUCUGGUUUAAAUGAAUCAGAUGGUGAAGAAGAUGACGAGGAUGAAGAUGUAGAUGAUGAGAUCGGUUUUUCACCAGUCUUAGCUCCCAAGCAUAAAGAUAUCCCAAAAGAGGAGCCUGUAGACACAACACCCACUAAAGAGAAGACUUCAGCAUCUGCUCGUGCCUCACCAGCGACAACAAAACCAGCUAAAGGAAAAAGGAAGUCAGGUAGUGAUGAUGCAAAGCCAAGUGGAUCUGUAACUACAAAGAAGACAAAAACAGAGGAUUCGAAGUCCACUACACAAGCCACCAUUAAAGAUGAAAAUAUACUUGCAACAAAAAAUGUUUCACCAUCUGGAAAACAAGUGAUCCCAAAUUCUAGCAAGGCCACCGUUUCACAAGCAACAGGACCAGUGACAGAGGAAGAAGUACGGACUGCUUUGCGGCAGAUGGCUCCAGUCACCACCCAAGAGCUAGUAGCAAAAUUUAAGGCUAGACUCAAGACACCAGAGGACAAGUCAUCCUUUGCAACAAUCUUGAAGAAAAUUUCUCGCAUUCAGAAAACAAAUGGUGCUAACUUUGUUGUAUUGCGAGAUAAAUGAAGCUUCUAAUUGUAUUUAAAUGUGGCUUAUUGCUCCCAUGUGGCACUGCUACAACUAGUUUUGGUAUUCUUGUGGCAUCGUCAGUGCACAAUCAUUGGAUUCAAGGGAUUUGGUGGGUCUCUUACUGUUGAGAAUUGAAUUUGAGGUAGUACAUCCAUGAUUCUGUAUAAUUGUUGGUGUAAUUAAUGCAUUAUACCUUGUUUA